UGUUGUUAGUUCGGUUCGAACCGUCUGCGCGAUCGGAUUAAAUCGAGGAGACACAGAAGCAGCAAGUAGUUUGCGCCCGCGUCGUGACAACGACUUUUUCGUGUGCUGUCGCGGCCAGACCCCAAACAGACGGAGACAACAAGCGGAGAAGAACUACAGGACUAACAGCUGUUAGUGAAGAAUCCGUGCUACUGCUGGUUGUGGAGAACGGACCAGGCAGUUGGUGCUUUACUGGUUUAGUUGGACGGAUUUAUAGUUUAGUGUUUUGUGAACGUAUUCCGCUUGAUUGUGACUAUCAUCAACGGCAAGAAGUGGUAAAUGGCCUAAUGCCCGCGGUGGGUCUGAAUCUGCCCCGCGCAGAUUUUGGGGAACUUGGCCUGGGCGCAGGCUGUGUCCAGUAGAAGAAGUGCCGACCGACGAACGAACGAACCGUGGAUUACUCAACGAAUAAUAGUGCAGUCAGUGAUAAUUGAAUGACCUUCGACCACCACUGCGUCGUCCAAUCGCAGCAUCGCUCUAACGACGCAAAUCUCCAAGGAAUCUUCAGCAGCGACAAAGACGAACGCUGCGGCAAUCUAAAAUCCAACAGCCAUGUGGUGGAUUGCGCCGGACUGAUCAUUUUGGAUGCCCCCCUCUAAUAAGCGAAUCUGCCUCGAACUGCCUGCCUGAAAUCGCGUGUGAAAUCUCCCAAAUCUCCCUACAAGCUUAAGCCUCAACGACUUCGAAAGCAGAACACUGGCCACGAGCCGCCCAAUCCGUGUGACGAUUCAAAUUUUGAGAAUUAGAUGUGACAGAAGAAAAAACAGAGACGUCCAGCGGAAGGUUCGUGCAACAGAACAAGAAGAACCCCUGUGAAGUGCCUGUUUGUUCUGCUUAAUUGUUAUUUGCUCGCGGCCAACGGUUUAGCGUUGGCGAAUUUUUGAGUGCUACAUUCUUCGCUCUGGUGUUUAAUUAAGCAUUAUCGUUCUAUAUUUGACAUGAGUUAAGUGAAGGAAGGAAAGAAAAGCCGGAAAAAAAACCCAAGGAAUAUAAACCCCGAUAGUACGAAUCGAAAAGCCAGAUUGGAAGAAAUUGGAAACAUAUAUUGAAAACUAUUGAGAUUUCACCAGUGCAGUGCAGCCGGAAAAUAGGCUUAGAAUAGCCCAAACGUUACAGUUGUUUUGUGAGUGUGGUUUCAACCGAAAAGUGGUGACGUUUGUUGAAAUUCAAGUGUAAAGUUUUGAGAGCAGUCGUGAGAAAACUCAUGCAGGGAAUCAACCCUUGAAGAUUCCUGCCCGACGAACACGAUUCGCGCUCGCGCCUCCGAAAAGAGGGCGGUUUUACCGGCAGCAGUUUCAUCUCGAACGUCACCAUGACGAAUGACAGCGCCAAAGGUUCCACCACCACCAGCACCGGAAAGGCCGGCAAAAUGGAUUCCCGCACCGGGCUGGAGUACAUCGUCGAAAACAGCGACUACGUUAACAAGCUGGGCCUGGCACUGGACACCAACAAUGCCACCGUCAAGAAGCAGGUGUUCGAGCUAUUAUCGGCUCUCUGCGCCUACAGCUCCGGGGGGUACAAGCGGGCGAUCGAAACGCUGGAGUAUUACAAGACCAUCAAAGGCGAACGCUAUCGACUGAAUAUAGUUGUCGUGGAGCUAGACAAAACAACCUCGGUCGAGUAUCAAAUUGCACUAUUGGCGUUCAUAAAUUGUGUCAUAAUCUCGGCUGCCACGCUGCAGGAUCGGAUACGAAUGCGAAAUGAAUUUAUAGGUUUAAACUUAUUAGCAGUAUUGAAAAACUUCAGGCGUAUCGCCAGUAACGUGCCGGAUAUCGGAGUGCAACUCGACGUGUUUGACGAGCAGCGAGAAUGCGACGAAUCACAGAGCCUGCAAGGGCCCGAUGGAAUAAAUUUAAACUCGCAUCUUGAUGUCUUCUACGCGAUACUGCGACAGGUCUCCGGCACCCCCCAGGAGAUUCCAUUCCUCAGCAUCCUGCAGCACCUGCUACAGAUCGAUCCGAAGGAACCGAUCAGCGACAUCAUCUGGGACACGGCCGAAACUCUAGUGCACCGCGCCACCUUGCUAGAAGAUAAGGAAGCAUCCGUACGCUUGCUGCGUGCCCCCAGCAUACAGAAAUUUGCUUGCCCCCACUGCCGGAGCGAUCUAACCAGUCCAACCCGAAGGCAAUCGGUUGGCCCCCAAACACCGGGACCAAACAGCACUAGCUCAACCCACAGCACCACCUCACCUCCGUCUAUCACAGGAGCUCCGGCACCACCCCCACCUCCACCACCUCCCAACUUGGCACCCCCUCCUCCACCUCCACCUCCCUGUGCACCCCCACCACCUCCUCCACCAAUGGCCGGCGGUCCAAGUGCCCGCGGGGGUCCUCCCGUACCUCCGGCACCACCUGCUCCACCCGCACCCAAUCUACUCUCAGUGAAAGCCAAUGAACUCGCUCGACCAAAAACCCCCGAGGCCCAAAUAGAGGUCAUCAAACCUCUGCCGCAGCAGGAAACUCCAGUUCCACGAGCCAAGAUGAAAACCAUCAACUGGAACAAAAUCCCCCCUCAGAAAGUAAUCGGUAAGCCAAAUAUUUGGUCCAUCGUGGCCGAUUCCCACCAGGACAGCCCCAUGGCCGAUCUGAACUGGGACGAAAUGGAGGGCCUUUUCUGUCUGCAGCAAACCCAGGGAUCCCCUAAGUUGGGCCGCGAGAACAGUGGCUCCGACACACUGGAACGAAAAUCACGCAAAGAUAACGAAAUCACGCUUCUCGACGGCAAACGGAGCCUGAACGUCAACAUCUUCCUGAAACAAUUCCGCUCCUCAAACGAAGACAUCAUCCAGCUGAUACGCAACGGUGAACACGAGGACAUCGGAUCCGAGAAGCUGCGCGGACUGCUCAAAAUCCUACCGGAGGUGGACGAACUGGAGAUGCUCAAGGCGUUCGACGGUGACAUCAACAGACUGGGAAACGCCGAGAAGUUUCUGCUGCAGCUGAUACAAGUGCCUAACUACAAGUUACGAAUCGAGAGCAUGCUAUUGAAGGAGGAGUUCAAAGCUAACCUCAUAUACCUGGAGCCAAAUAUCAACGCGAUGCUGUAUGCUGGAGAAGAUCUGAUGAACAACAAAGCCCUCCAGGAGGUACUCUACAUGGUGGUGGUGGCCGGAAACUUCCUCAAUUCGGGUGGCUACGCCGGCAAUGCCGCCGGCGUCAAGCUGUCCUCGCUGCAGAAGCUGACGGACAUCCGGGCGAACAAACCGGGCAUGAAUCUGAUACAUUUCGUGGCACUGCAAGCGGAGAAGAAAAACCCCGACCUGCUGGUGUUUCCGGGCCAGAUGUCCACGCUGGAGAACGCUACAAAAACAACGGUUGAACAAAUCAGCAACGAAAUCAACGCCAUCGACAACCGUAUCAAGAAGAUCAAGAAACAAAUUGAACUGCCAAAGACCGAACAGGACAUCAAAUAUCAAAUGGAAGAAUUUAUAACGACAGCGGAACGGGACAUCAUGAUGCUGCAACGGGCGCUCAAAGAAUUGGAAGCAAUGCGACUCCAGCUAGCCGACUUCUUCUGCGAGGACCUCGGCACGUUCAAGAUGGAAGAGUGCUUCAAGACAUUCCACAACUUCUGCGAAAAGUUCGGCCAAGCCGUCAAGGACAACGAUAAGCGCCGCGUUCAGGAGGAACAGGCUCUGGUCAGACGGAAGCAACGCGAGGAGCAGUUGGCACUCAAACGAAGGCAAUCAAACCAACCGGGAACUCCAGUGUCCGAUUCGGAGAACAGCUUACUGCUGGACCCAUCGCAGUACGAUAUGAGAUACAGUCCAGCAAUGUCUCGACGACGGAUAGGAUCGUUCACCAGCAACGGAGAUCCAGUACUGUUGAGGGAGGACUGCGCAUCGCCGGAUAUCACACCGAACGGUAGUCUGAGGAGAAGGCGAAGCCGGGUGCUUUCCGAAGAGGAUGAAGGUAAUCUCAUGGACUUCCUACGAUCGUCUGGCCAUGAAAAUGGCAGCCGUGAGAGGAAGUCUGUAUCGUCGUACGGCGGUAGUUUGGAUCGGUCUUGGGCUCGCCGGGCAAGAUCCGGUAGCGGUAGCAAGAAGCGUCCAGAUCUACUGAAUGUCGACUUCGGAGCGGACAGAGAACGGCCGAGCUCUCCGUCGCCAUUGGCAGAAAGCAAGCCAUUGCCAGUGGAAGAAACCAAGCCGAGAAUUUCCAGGGAAUGGCGACAGAAAAUCGAGUCGUGGCUGCAAGCGAACGACGCCGAUGAGAAGACCGAAGAGCUGAAGAAGAAACGCAAACUGCUCGCAGUGAAUCGUCGAUCGUAUGAGACUGACAACGAAAGUGAUCGUGGUAGCAAACUGGAACCUCUACCGGAAGAGAAGCCUCCAACGAUAAGUCCCCCGGAGGUAACGGUUGACCAGAUGCCGUCCAACUACAAACGUGUCUACCCCGACUGGAAGCCAUCGAGUGCACUAGAGAAGACUGAUGUCAUGGGAACCAUGGAUGCCAUUGCAGGUGCCGUACCAUCCACUCUGGACAAAUCAGCGUGGAGAAAAUCUAGUUUAAAUAGUCAAGAAGACCAGGAUGCCCGAAGGUAUCGAAGACAACGGUCCAGGGAGAGUACCGGGCCUAGUUCAAGCCUACAAUCCAUACUCGAAGAGGACAAACGAAAAUCUGUGAUCCAAUCGCUAGGAGACCGACCUCCCUCUGAUCGACUUCAAAUCUACAUCCGACGAGGAUCGGACAAUACGUCACAACCCGAAAGCACAGUCACUUCACCAAAGCCAUCGGCAAGCACCAGCGACGAGAACAAGCAAUCCAUCUACAUCAGGCAGACGAAUGGUAGCGAGUACUCGAAAACGAAGCCCAGUCCAGCGGCGGAAAAACAAUCGAUCUACAUCCGACCGAACGAUAACACUCCGUCCACGAUUUCAUCCAUCAACUCAUCCUGCACUAGCACCAGCGAAAACCAGUUACCGGAAAGCAGCUUGUCUGUUGCACCACCACCACGAAGAGGUCGUCGAACGCAUCACAUCUACGAUGAACAGACGAACAAUAAGAUCGAAAUCGAUUCCGACAAUAUCGAAACACCGCCAUCCAUCCGGAAGAGUUUCAACCGGGAGCACCAAAACGUUAGCGGAAGUAGUUCUUGUCGUAAGCUUCAUGGUGCUAUCGAUCAAACCGUAGACUCGGAAUCAAAGAAUACUCUGAGUGGCCUCACCGAACCCGAAGUAUUGGGCGAUGGACAGUUUGAUCGAUUCUCGUCAGCUCGUCGUACGCGACGCUUUAAGCGUCCAGUGGAACUGAGCAGUGGCAAUGAAACUACCUCACCGGAAUCCCUUCCCGACAAUCCACUGGUUGCCGAAGCUUCCCGACAUCCGGUCGUAUCGGCUGUAGCGGAGAUUGAAUCUAACGAAAAACAAAAGGAGGCUCGUCUGAAGCGAUGGCAAGAUAAGUUGAACAGUUCUAGCGCGGUAGAAGAACGGUUGAAGGGAUCCGACGCACGAUCUUUGAAGACUGGACGGAACAUGAGUAGGAUUAGUCAGGAAGACGUACGCAAGGCAAUUAGAAGUUUGAAAUCGCCAUCCCCAGAGCGGAGUUGGAGUCCACCAAAGGAAAUAGUUCGCGAGGCACCUACCACGAUCAAAGUAAUCACGCAUGAGUUGAACGACGAAGGUUUCGAGGAAACUCAGAGCUUAGUUUCCGAUACACCUUCGCACGGGAAGGACAGUACUUCGUCUUGCAACGAUUAUGGAUCGGACACGAAGAACAAGAAAAUUGUGAAGCCUUCGGGAAGUGGAGGUGAUAGCAGCCCUAGGAAAAUUCCAAUCCGAACCACUCCAAACCUCCCUAGUUUGAUGAUAACUAAGCCUCAGUCCGCAUUAGAGCGCAGCAAAUCGCUCAGAGGAACCCCUCCAUCUCUAGUCAACAAGAAUCUGUUACCACGAAGAACAAAUUCUGUGAGGAGAACUGAAUCGCCUCUUCUAAGCGCAAAUACGGUGAACAACAAGCAACAUCAGCUAGAUGUGGAAAGGAGCAAUUCGCGAACAAGUCUUCGUUCGUCGCGCUCUUCGCUCAGUAGUGCUGUAUCGACGAAUACAGUCAAAAAGGUGCCAUUACGUCCAAAGUCAUCGCCUCUGACUACUUCCAGUGGUCUAUCUGGAUCCGGUCCGGUUACGUCCAGCCUAUCAGUGCACAGUUCGCCCACCAAACGACCUCUGAGUGCGGGCAGCAUACGAACGCCACUUUCGGGAGCACCUGCCAGUAGAAGCAGUUCCAGUGGAUCCAGUAUAGGACAAAGCACAACAACGGGCCUAGCUGCCAGGAAGCCUCCACUAAAAUCCGCCGGUUCCUGUUCACUGGGAGCGAGUACUAGCUUUAAAGAAAACCAAAAUCAAAAUACCGUACGUAGCCGAUUGCAGUCUAAAACCCCCAGCAAUACCAGCAUAGCCAAUCCAGGAGGUUCCGCAUCUAGCAGCAGUACAGCGAGAGCAUCCAUCAACCGAAGCAGUAUCAGUAGCACCGGAACGCCACGUACUGGUGGUUUCAUGCGACCGACCACCUCCAGUGCCACCAAGGUGAAGGGAAAGUAAACCAUUAACCGUGAAUAAGUCAGUGAACUCUAAAGAGUUUUGGUGCAAAUGGAAGUUAGCGCUCAAGUUUUCGUUUAUCAGCACAAAAUCUUUUAUCUCGUUCUCACACUGAAAAUUCUUAAAACAAACCCGGCGAAAAAUGUUGCUUUCAGUGCACCACAUGACACCGUAGUAGGCCAUGAUUUUUCGUCGUACGACAAUAAUACUGCAGAGUAGAAAUCUCCGUCCAACUAAGUUAUUACGCAAUCUGGGGUCCGCAGGGACUCCACAAUCCAUUUAUCAUAUACAUCGCUUUAGGCUUCGUAAGAAAUAUUCAAAAGUUUUCCAAAUCAUGGCAAUAUCGGCAUCCGCACCCGCAAAUUUUAUACAUUAUUUUAGGCUAACACCAUAAAAGCGCGACGUUUCUAUUUUUCGAGGGGUAUACACAUGGUGCAAUGUAUGGCAGUUGAAAAUUUCAAUGCGCAAUCAUUAACUUUUGAAUGAUAUUUAAAUUAUAUUUAAAACGUUACGAGUCUGCUGUUUAAUCGAAUAUACUAGAAUGCAAUAAGAAGUUAAGCUUGAAGAAAAUUUGACCUAAUACCGUGAAAAUAAGAGCUACAAUAAUUACGUAUUAUGCAACAAAAGUAUUGUUCGUUACAAAUUCAAAGUAUUUAUUUACAAGGCUUUUGCAAAGAAAGCAACCGCAAGUAUUAGUAGAAACUUGAGACACACGUUUACAGCAAUUCAUAGCUAACUCGUGAUGGAAGCGUGUAAAUUUGAAAACAAUGCGAUACAAUCGUUUGUUUCAACAUAGCGUCACAGUAUUUCUUCUCUCUACUGUUUAGCUUUAAAUCGAAACGAUCGCCUUUCUCCAGUGAAAAUUUGCAAACACGAUUGGGAAGCACAUUGCCUAAAAUACUAUUUUGCGUUUGGAGCGAUGACUAACACUGAGACAAAAUCGAAAGUUAAGCAGCUAAGCUAUACAUAUAUUACAUUGUAUAACAGAGUACUACCAACUGUGUGUUAGAGUAAUAUGUAAAACUAAAAAAACAAAACGUGUAACGUUUGGUAGAGCUGUUAGGAACAGUAAAAACUUUUCUCUUCAACGCUAGGAGACCUCUGUUAGAUAGAUUUGGAUAGUAGCUAAGAAAUUUUUCUAUCGAAUCGAGUAACCAACACAGACAAACAGUUCAUGUAUCGUCCCCCAAGUUAUUGAUACGACCCUAGGAUAGAAUAACUCCAUUCCUCCCAAUUAACAACUAUUUUUGUGGAUACUUUUUUUUCUAGACAUGUAUCUGGGUUUCGGAAAACAAAAUUAAAGUAACAAAACAAAUAAGCAAAUGAUUAGCAAUCAAACAUUUGGAUGUAACUUUUCGGCAUAUUUUGGGCAAACGGAAGCAUAUAUGUAUCAAACUUCGUAUCAUAUUUAGACUCUAAAUUUCAAACUGCGCGGCAGACGAAUAGUAAUAGUUAGAUCAGCGAUACUAAUCUUACUAACACGUGAACAGAACAACUAUGACAAGUUUAAGUUUAUCAGUUAUCAGGAGCCGCACAUGAACGGACGCGACAAACCACUAUGGACACAUUAACAGUUGAUUAAAACCUUCAUUCAAAUGUAUAACUCUGAAUGAGGAGAGAAACACAAACUUUU